AUGGACCGUCUUCUCAAGGAAAGAUGGGAAAGCCUGUUCGAAAAGGCGAAAUGCGAAUUAACAAAAGCAAAAUGCAGCAACACUUUAUCUACAGAGUCGAUACGAGAGCUGAAGGAUGCCCUGAAUCGUUCUAGCACCGUUUUUGGACGACUUGAAGCCGUACAGUUAUUGAAUAAAAUCCAGCCUAGUCUUCUGCAUGUCCAGACUUACGUCGGCGCCAUCACUUCCGCUUCGCAGUAUCGUCCGAUUGGGUGCUUGGUGUGGAGUGGCAUUCAAGCAGUUCUCCAGUGUGCAGCUUCCGGUCCGAAUUCGUUAGAAGAAGUGUAUGACAUGGUCGGAGAGCUGAAUUACACUCUUGCGAACAUCGAACGUGACCUCACGCUGUACCCAGAUCGGGAGGAGCUACAGUGGCAUCUCCAAGAUAUCUACGAAGACUUCUUGAGUUUUUGCAUUGUCUCUGUCCGAUAUUUCCAAAACCCGCCAGGAUGGAAUUUGUUUUCAUAUCUUUGGAAUUCUUCGCCUCAGCGAAAACUCAAAGCAACCAAGACUCGGAUAGAAAAGCAUAUACAGCGUUUCAAAGACGAGGUGCAGGCCAUCCAUCGGGAGGAACGCAAAAUCAACGCGAUUGAAAAAUUUAGGAAUUUGGAUUUUUAUGGAAGGGAAGAAGAAAUGACCAGCAUAUAUAAAAGAUUUUCACCGCGGAACGCUGCAGAACCAGGGAAUGAGGAGAGAUUGAACCUAAAGCCCACAUUCUGUGUCAUCCAUGGCCUUCCGGGGGUCGGUAAGACUCAGGUUGCGCUGGAGUAUACGCAUCGUUUUGAAGAUGAUUAUGAUGCUUUAUUUUGGCUUCCUAGUGAACAGGAGCCGCAGCUCGCCAACCAUGUUGCAGGCAUACUUCGCCGUCUCAAAAAUGGUGAUCCUGACUUCGGUAGGAUCGUCGGUAAUGAGCACGAUCAAUUACAGCCGACUGAAGCAGUACGUAACUGGUUACAGUAUACAAAUCGUGUUUGGAUUCUUGUUUUUGACAAUGUGGAAGACAUCUCUGACGUUGAACGCUAUAUUCCACAGCGGAGUAGAACCCGAGGCUCCGUUUUAAUCACCACGCAGAACCCAAAUUUCCGGAAGUUGGAUAUGGACUUUCACAAAUUGCCAGUCUCUAGUCUUGAUCAAGAUGCAUCUAUCGAGCUUCUUUUCAGAUAUCUUGACCAGAAGACCACGGACGAUGACGAGCGCUUGGCGGCUGCGGAGAUGACGGACUUUUUUGGAGGCUUACCAAUUGCUAUUGCGACUAUUGCAGGGGCUAUCAAAGAAGCUCAAAGCUCACCAAAAGACUUUCUACUAACAAUGAAACACUCCUCGGAUUUCUGGAGGGACGAUCAGAAUCCUUAUACUGCAAGCUAUGAACGGAGUCUGGAUAAAGUGUUUGAGAUAGCUCUCCAAGAGCUGCAGCAGCGCAACAAGAAUGCUCGAAAACUUGUCAAUAUACUCGCAUUCUUAAAUCCUGAUUCGAUUCCGGAAAGCAUACUACUAGCUGCGCCAAAUCAACCAGAAGUCGAAUUUUUAAGACAUAAGGAUCAACUAACCGAGAUGGUGCGUACGCUAAGUCGGCGUCAGCUUGUUAAGCGGGAAGUGUCUGAAGGUGAAGGCUACCUUACCAUACACAGGAGCUUGCAAUGGAGCAUCAUCCUUGAGCUGAGUCGAAACAAUGACCAGCGCUGGGGAGUUUACCAACAAGCUUUUGUACUCCUUCGUCGAGGUUUGCCUAUAAGCUCUCCCUUACAAGAGCCCGAACCAGAGAAAUGGCCUGAUUUUCAACAAUUCAGCCCGCAAGUCCUGAGUCUGCGAAAUCACUGCUUGUGGCCGACCCCAGCCGUCGACUUCCCCGUGGAUUUUGCCCGGAUGCUAGGUGACCUAGGAACGUACAUGUGGCAUGCCGGACUAAUGUCUGAUGGUGCCAAAGCUUUGGAAACCGCCGAAGAAAUACUGGACGAGCGAGGCAUUCCCAAGUUUAACGCACUUCGCAGCGAUAUCCUAGCCAAUCUUGGCGCACUUUCCGGCUUCUCUGGUGUGAGCGACCGACGCGAAAGUAUGAAGCGUCGUUCUAAUGCUCUUGAUAUUCGUAAAAGGAAGUUUGAAAAAACCCCAGAAAACCAGUUGACGCGGCUGGACCACGUUCGUUACAUCAACGCAGAAAGCGACCUAGCCUUUGGAUAUUUACAAGAAGAACGUCUGGAUGAAGUCAAGCAUAUAAUGGAGCGCUGUUUGCGUGAGUACCAAACCUGGGGUGACGAAGACGAGAUUCCUUUUGAGUACGCCAAAUACCACUACCUGAUGUCUUUCGUGUUUGCCUCUCAAAGCUUGCCUGCAAAAGCACUGGAAUCUGGUGAGCAUGCUUUAUGCCUCGUGUCUAAAGCUGCCGGAGCAGAACACGGCAUGACGCAAUUGUGGAAAUUUGGUCUUGCAAAUCUUUACUACCACAGCCAAAAUCUCCCGCAGGCUCUUACCUUGAAUAAGGAAAUUCUUGAUGCGCGAAAGAGGACCUGUGGCGAAUUCAACGGCUUUACGCUUGAAAGCUAUUCUACCUAUGGAGCUUUGCUGCAUCACAAUGGUAGAUCAGAGGAAGCAGAUCAAUGCUUCAAAAUAUGCCUUCAGCGCCGGAAAAGGGGGCAGUGGGACCGGGAAGGGGUAGCGCGAGCCCAGUACCGCUAUCACUUCGUCCUGGAUCGCCUAGGAAAGCAAGAACAAGCUGCCGAAGAGUUGAAAUUGGCCAGGCUUGCAAGAGAUCAACUGCUCAAGGAAAAUGAAGGAUACCUUGAAUUUGAUCGGAGUCGAGAUGAGUUGGAAAUCUUUGACCAGCUUUGUUCUAUGUGGGCCGGACGAUUUACAGGAAAGAUUGCACGGAUGCAGGGGCGGUCUGACUCGGGUUCGGUAUAA